AUGAACAAAAUAUCAACAGGACGCAUAGAGAAGCGCAAAUUGCCCAAAUCUGCCUCAAUUUCCAAACGUCCACUCCUCCGCCCCUCAAUCCCCUCACCAUACGCCGGCUCUUCGCAACCAAAAGUCAUAUAUGUCGGCAGCAAAACUCCCUUCCUCUCAGCAGUAAAACGGACCGAGAAGCUACUCCAGCUCGCCGACAAGAGACUCGUGCAGGCAGGGACGCAAUCCGCAAAGAACAACUGGCGAAGAGGUCCGGACGAUGAGAUCCAAGCUAUUGCUGAGGAAGUGGAGCAUCUCAAGAAAAAGAAGGAUGGGAAUGAAGAAGUCGUGAUCAAAGGGACAGGAAAAGCUAUUUCUAAAGUUAUGGGACUAGCGGUUUGGUUUCAGGAGAGGGAGGAGUAUGUUGUGAGAUUGAAGACGGGGAGUGUGGGGGCUGUGGAUGAUGUUAGAUAUGAGGAGGAAUGCCAACAGUUGAAGGACCAAUCGGGAGAAUCAGAUAGAACUACUGCCGCUGGAAUUGAGAAUGAGCAGCCUGAUGAGGCUGUUGCUAAGAAGAAGCGGAAAUCGAAAGAAGGUGUUACGAGGGUUGUUAAGAGGGAGGAGGAUGGAGAUGAGGAUGGAAAGAGGGAGAUUCGAGAGACUCAGAUUCGCCAGGUGAGUGUUUUGGAGGUGUAUGUGAGCUUAAGAUGA